CUUGUCUUUAACCUGUCCUGGUCUUUGUGUCCUCAGCUGUUCUGGGAGCAGAGGCUGAAGGGUCUGCGUUCGUCAGACGUCUCUGAGGACGUGCUCAGGGUCAUGGACCUGCCCAAAGGACUGCACAGUGUGGGUCCAGACGCCGGUGAUGACACUCUGCUGUCGGCCAUCGCCUCGGCGCUGCACAUGAGCUCCGCCCCCAUCACCGGACAGACGGCGGCGGCGGCCGAAAAGAACCCGUCGAUCUGGAUGAACACGAGCCAGCCGCCGUGUAAGGCCUUUAGUGUGAGCGACACACACAUCAGGGAACAGGAGCUGAAGGUGACUCAGGCUCGUCGCAGUCUGGAGGAAGCACUGACAGCAGACGGGUUAGCAAGAGCAGCAGAGAGCAGCCGACAACUACUGAAGGGAAAGAAGCACUGAGGACAACAGGUUCCUGUGGUUCCUGUGGUUCCUCUGCUCUGCCUCAGGUUCUUCAUCUUCAUCAUCUUCUUCUUCUUCAAUUCAAAUCCGUUGCGCUCCUCCACCCUCAGCCUUACAGAAAAACCUUCAGGGUCAAAUCACAGCUCACACCAGCAAUAAGAGGAGAGAUGGUAACCAUGACAACGGCAGUCCACAGCUGCUGCUGAUUGGACAGGUGUGGACGGAGGAGGAGGGACCGUCAUCACUCUGCAGAGUUUGGACCAAUCAGACGACAGGCUUUAUUUAAGACAGAUUUUAUACCUGUGAGACAUGUGUGUGUGUGUGUGUCAAUAAAAGAGUAUAUUCACA